AUGGGGAAGAAGAAGAAGCAAGGGGGCAAGCGGCGGUCGGCGGCAGUGGCGGCGCUGGAGCAAGAGGAGGCCAAGGAAGAGCUCCUGGCGCUGACUGCCAUUUUCGGGGAGGACAUUGAGGUGCACGAAGGCCACGACAGCCUGGGCUUCACCCUGCAGGUUGUGCCGCACCCCGGCGAGGCAGAGGCAAACUACGUGUCUGUCACGCUGGUCGUCAGCUUUCCCGAUGACUAUCCCUCUGAUGAGCUCACCCUGAAGCUUACGGACGCCAGCGGGCUGGAGGAGGCAGCAGUGCGCCAGCUUAGCAAACGGCUGCACACCGCGGCGGCGCAGUAUGCCGCCGACGGCGAGGUCUGCUCCUUCCAGCUCAUCACCGAGGCCCAGGAGUUCCUGCAGGAGCACAACUGCGCGCCAGACGAGGAGGAGGCGGUGGCGGCGGCGCCCCAGAGCCUGUGGCAUGAAAUGCUGCAGCGCGACAUGGCGGCGGCCGCGGCGGCGUCGCGGGAGCAGAGCUUCCGCGCCCCCAUCAUGGGUGACACCUUCUACGACACCCUGGAGGGAGGCGGCCUGUUCUCCGACGCCACAGAGCUGCCCAUGGCGGGGUCGGGGUCGGGAAUGGCCAUGCCUGCCUCGGCGGCAGCGGUGCCGGUGGUGGAGGUGCGCAGCAAGCAGGCCGCCAGGCCGCCCAAACCGGCACCGCCGCGCACACCAGCGGUGCCGGCUAUGGAAGCCAGCGUGGCAUCUGUGGCACAGGUGGCGGCAAAAGGCGGGACGGCAGCUGCACCAGCUGCAGCUGCAGAUGCUACGACAGCGGGCGAGCGGGAACCUGGCGCUGAGGAGGCGCCUGCCGUUGGCGAGGUGCACGCAGCAGCAGGCGUGCGGCAAGCCAGCACAGGCGGCGCCCUGCCGCACGUCUCUGCCGCAGACUCCCGGGGCAGCCUCAAGGCGGGCCAUGACAGCGGGCUAUCCUCUGGCGGCGGCGGCAGCAUGCUCAAGACGCUGGGGCACAGCAUCCGCGGCGUGCUGCCCAAGGCCCUGCGCAGAUACGUGGAUGGCCCUAGCGGCACACCUGAGGGGUCGGAAGGCGGGGAGGCCAGCGUGGUGCAGCUGGGCGAGGAGGACCGGCGGCUCAUCAGGCAGGAGCUCUUCCUGGGCCACCUGCUCACGCUGGCAGCCAGCAGCGGCGCGGUGCCGCCGCAUGCGCUGCCCAGCAUCGCGGGCAUGCUGCAGGCGGAGGGCCUCAUCCCAAAGUGGCUGGCGUACACUCUCACCCAGCAGCCAGCCCUGUUCGACCGAGCCUUCCAGCGCGUCUUCCAGCAGGAGCUGGAGGCUGCUGCUGCCGAGCCUGAUGAGAGCGACCGCUCUGGCAUGCUGUCCCCCGCUGCCGACCCGCUGCCCGCCUCGCGCUACGAAACCGACUUCACAGAGCUGCGGCCGCUGGGGCGGGGAGGGUACGGCGUGGUUGUCUCAGCCAUCAACCGGCUAGACGGGCGGCAGUAUGCGGUGAAGAAGAUCCCGCUGGAGGCGCACUCCUCGGGCGCGUUUGAGCGCAUCAUGCGCGAGGUGACCACCCUGUCCCGGCUGCAGCACGCCAACGUGGUGCGCUACUACCAGGCAUGGGUGGAGGCCUGCAUGUUGGCUGACGACGGCGAGGACUCGGAGCUGGAUGAGUGGGGCUCCGACACGCUCACACCCAGCAGCACCGGCGGCGGAGGGUGGGGAGCGGCCCCGGCCGGGCUGGGGUCCAGGCCGGGCUCAUCUGCCGCCCUGGCAAUGGGUGGCGCAGGCAGUCGCGGCCACCUGGCGCCAGUUGCGGAAGUCAGCAGAGAAGGGCGGGCCAGCACGCCCUCCAAGGGAACCCGCGGUCUCCGAGAGGCCAGCGGGCACAGCACGGACGACAGCGGGGACGACAGCGGCAGCGGCAGCGACGACAGCAGCCGCGGCGGCGAGCUGCGGGCGGAUGCCAGCUUUGGGUUUGGCGGCGGCAACAUGGCGGUGGCAGGGGCCAACGCGUUGCUGGAGGGAGGCGGGUUCCUGUCGGCGUGGGAUGGCCAGUCGACGAGCGGCAGCCAGUCAGCCAGCCACAGCUGCAGCCAGAGCGGCACCCUGUCUAGCUCAGCAGGGGCUGCCACUGCCAACGGCGGCCGGGGCGGCGCCCACGCCUCCCUCACCCUCAGCGCCGGCGGCAGCGACUUCACAUUCGAUCGCAGCAGGCCGCCCCCGGGCGGCGCCAGCCUGACGCAGCCCCCUGGCACACAGCCCUCGCGGCGCUCCGGGCCCCGCCAGCGCGCCAUGCAGCAGACGCUGUUCAUACAGAUGGAGUUCUGCCCGCGCACCCUGCGCGACGUGCUGGACAGCCGGGAGCUGGAUGAGGAGCGGCGGUGGUCCAUCCUGCGCCAGAUCCUGGCGGGCCUGGCCCACAUCCACUCCCAGGGAAUCAUCCACCGCGACCUCAAGCCUGCCAACACUUUCCUGGACAGCCAGGGCAACGUGAAGCUCGGAGACUUUGGGCUGGCCAAGUACAACCGCGAUGGCGCGGACGACAACCCCGAGCCCUCGCCCAGCCUGCACGGCGCGGGGCAGCCGGGGUGGGCGGCGGGCGGCGUGGCCGGUGCCUCGGCGCUGCUCAGCGACACCACCGGCCUGGUGGGGACCUCCUACUACAUCAGCCCCGAGAUCAGCGAGGGAUGGGCCACAUACGACUCCAAGGUGGACCUCUUCUCGCUGGGUGUCAUGGCAUUUGAGCUGUGGAAGCCUUUUUCCACCGCCAUGGAGCGCGCCGUGCUGCUGCGCGACCUGCGCGAGCACGGCGUCAUGCCCGCAGACUUUGAGGCUGACCACCCGGUGGUGUGCCGCGUCAUACGCUGGCUGCUGGCGCCCAACCCGGCGGAGAGGCCUACUGCGGUGGAGGUGCUGGACGAGCAGCUGACCGACCUGCUGCGCUGCCUGCCCGACAACCCGGCCAUGCACGAGCGAGUGCUGGACGCAGUCUUCUCCCUGGCGCGCACAUCCAGCGCAGCCACGGCGGCGGCGGCGCUGGAGGCGCCCGGUGCACCCAUCCCUGUGCAGAUGGCUGUGCGUGACCACGUGCUGUCUGUGCUCAAGGACUGCUUCGAGCGGCACGGCGCGGUGGGCAUGUGCAGCCAGGAGCUGGGGCUGUCCAGCGGGGAGGACCCGCCCGGCGCCGUGCAGCUGCUGACCCCCACCGGCGCCAAGCUGGCGCUGCGCUGGGAGCUGCGCCAGGCCUUUGUGGCCUGGUUUGUGCAGCAGCUGGCGGCGGCGGGCGGCGGCGGCAGCCUGCUGCUGGACGGGCUGAGGCGGUACGAGGUGGCGGCGGUGCAGCGGCACGCCGCGGGGCAGGGCCUCCCCCGAAGCUUCCUGCAGGCCGACCUCGACUUUGUGCUGCCGGGGGACCGCACCCCCGCGGAGCUGCUGCUGGGGGAUGCAGAGGUGGGCUGGGCGGGCGUGCGGGUCAUCACCUGCACGCAUGAGGCGCUGGCGGAGCUGCCCGAGUGCGGCGAUGUGGAGGUGCGGCUGGGCCACCGCUCCCUGUUUGAGCUGUCCCUGGCCUUUGUGGGCGUGUCGCGCGAGGCGCGCGGCUCCGUCAUCCAGCUGCUCUCCACAGCCUCCGCCGCCUCGCCGCUGCACGCCACCGCUCGCUCCAAGCGCUGGCCCUCCAUCAAGGCCGGCCUGGAGGGGAUUGGGCUGUCGGCGGAGGCCAUCGGGCGCUGCCGCCAGCUGGUGCUGCAGGCGGCGGGGGAGGCCGAGGCGGCGCUGUUCCGCCUGCGCACGAUGCUCGCCCACACGGCGGCGGGGCGGCAGCAUGGCGGCGGUCAGCGCUCUGGGCCGCGGCCCCACUCGACCACUGCGGCGCUGGCAUGCCUGGACGAGCUGCAGAGCCUGCUGCAGUACCUGCAGGCGUGGGGCGUGCCCCAGUGCUCUCUGCUGGUGGACCCUCUGCUGGCGCCACACAGCGAGGCCUUCAGCGGCGCCCUGUUCCAGUGCCACCUGGUGCAGGGGGCCAGCGGAGCAACCGCGGUGGUGGCCGCGGGGGGCAGGUACGACUCCCUGCUCAAGGCCUCGUGGGCACGGCAGUCGGCGCUGAGCGGCACGGUGGCAUCCAUGCCGCCGCUGCACGCGGUGGGGGUCACCCUCAACGCAGACCGGCUGGUGGCGGUGGCGCAGGGCAGCAGCCGGUGGAGCACGCCUGGCAGCCCCGCGCCCGUCGCGGGGCUGCCGCGCCUGUCGCAGGCGGACGUGCUGGUGUGCAGCCGCGGCGGCGGGGGCCUGCUGAAGGAGCGCAUGGCGCUGGCCCGCAGCCUGUGGGAUGCGGGGCUGGCUGCCGAGAUGCUGCCCCAGGCGGCGCCCAGCCUGACGGAGCAAUACGAGUAUGCGCAGUCCCGCGGCAUCCCCUGGCUCGUCAUCAUCAAUGCCAACACAUUCGAGGCCGCCGACACUGUGCGCGUCAAGGCCAUGAAUGCGAGGCUGGAGGAGGAUGUGUCGGUGUCAGAACUGCCCACCUACCUCCUCGCAGCCCUGCAUCCCCACGGCACCGCCCCGCCCGGGCCCGGCCGCCCGCUGCAGCAUGCCGGCGGCAGUCGCGUCGGCGACGACGGCGACGCGGGCGGGGAGCAGGAGGAGCCCUCGGCGCACGGCGGCCGUGAGCGGCAGCGCCGCGGUGGCCGGCGGUGA